GUCUCCAGCCGAGCAGACGUGCGUGCCCCGGCUACGCUCCUCAACACGAAAUGCCGAAAACUGACUACGACAGUGACAGAACGUGUCCAAAAAAACUAUGAACCGACAAAGCUGUGUGUGUGUGCUAAUCAAAUGGGGUGCCAAAGGGAAAUUUACCACCGGAUUUAUGCCAAAAAACAAAACAUUUAACUUAUUUUAACACCGUGCUCAAUAUGUUUCUCAAACUAAUAUUAAGGGUUGCGCUGAAAAAGAUUGGGAUUACACUUAAUGAGACCCCUUAGAAAAGUAAAAAUAGACGCGCUAACUAACUUUUAAUAUAUGGGUGUCAUUAAUUUAAAAGACCAAACUCCGUUGGGUAUUUGUCAGCGCGUUAAUUACGAAGUAGAAUAAAUGUUGACAGAUUUAGUGGUAACAGGUAGAGUUGUCAAAGUAGAUAAUUUGUGACAAGAUGCUUCAAAGCUAUUUAGUAAUUAGGAGAUAGUAGACUAUUUUAGGCAAAUAGGAAACGUAAAUAAGUGGUGAUAUUUUAAGUGACGAUGAAAAGAAGAAGAGUGUCAAAUUAAACAGUAGUUUAAUGGUGUUAUAGAAGAUUAGGAAAAAUGGCUGGAAGUUUGAAAAUUAUGAAGAGGCGUUCUCAUGUCUUGAACGCGAUUCUGCUGAUCGUCUCCAUGAUUUAUGAAGCGGGCGGCCUCCGUACUGAGCAACUGCAGAUCACGCCGCGUGUCGUUCAGAAAGGGAGGAACGUGACUAUGGACUGUAUAUACCAGAACCACCACGAUUACGGUGUCUAUUCGGUUAAGUGGUACAAGGGCGCGCAGGAGUUCUACAGAUACUCGCCGCUGGAAUCGCCGUCGACUAGAGUAUUUCCUGUUAGUGGAAUUAAGAUUGAUAGGUUAAGAUCGAACGAGACGCACGUAAUCCUCGUCAGGGUGGGGACCAGUUUGAGUGGGAACUACAGCUGCGAGGUGAUACUCAAUGCGCCGUCCUACCCUCACUCAAUAUCUACAGCACGACUAGAUGUUGUAGGUGUAGGCGGUCUCCGCGCCAUAGAGUUGCGGAUAUCCCCGCCAGUCGUCCAGCGGGGGUCGGACGCAACUCUGGCGUGUCUGUACGAGCUGACGGACGCGCCUCUGUACUCCGUCAAAUGGUACAGAGGGCGCCACGAGUUCUACAGAUAUUCGCCCACUGAGACGCCGGCGACUAAAAUAUUUCCCUUCGCCGGGAUCAAUGUUGAUUUGGCGCGGUCGAAUCAAAGCCAAGUGGUGCUGACGAGGGUCAGUUUCGGGCUGUCGGGCAACUUCAGCUGCGAGGUCACGGCUGAUGCACCCUCCUUCGCCACUUCCAUCGUCUCCAAUACGAUGGAGGUUGUUGUUCUGCCGCCGUCGUCGCCAUCCAUCCACACCAGCCAGCACCACUACACGCCGGGUGACGUCAUGCGAGCCAACUGCUCGGCCGGACCCAGCCGGCCGCCGGCAGAGCUCGCGAUAUUCAUCAAUGACUUGCCUGUAACCCCAGGCAUGUACCAGGUGCAUCCAGCAUCUGAAGGGCUAUUCAGGUCCGAACUGUACGUGCAAGUGCAGCUAUGGCCAGCCCACUACGAGCGGGGCGCGCCUAUACUCCGGUGCGAGGCCAAAGUCACGGACUUGUAUAGAGACGACUCGGCCGUCGCGCUGUAUUCGGCCAACAGUGAUCCGAAGAUUGAGAGAGUAACCUCCCCCGGGGCCGCGUCUCACCUCCACUUGUGCCAAUUCCUGCUCACCGCCACAGUCCUAGUAUGGGCCAACAACACCUAAUUGUAACAUAAUGAGUUGUAAUACUUGUAACAUACGCGUUCUUGUAACAUAGUUAAGCUAACUUUAUAAAUAGAUAGAUGUAUUUGGCGCAAUCGUGAAUUUAAAUAUAGUUAACUGUACCUAAACGAGCUGAUGAUUAUACCAAAGAUUGUAAAGACUAAGAAUAUUGUUGAUUUAAUACAAAUAUAUAUG